CGUACAACAGAUUUCGCAAAAUAAUAAUAGAAAACAUUUAUCUUCCCCCACCGACUUUUACCCUUCGCUGCUGCUCUUUUACUGCUCUCAUCCACCGUCUUCCGACCGAUCGCGAUUUGGGAUGGCGAGGGCGGGAGGGAUAGCGAACGCGGUGAACGUGGGAAUCGCCGUCCAGGCCGACUGGGAGAACCGCGAGUUCAUUUCCAACAUCUCCCUCAACGUCCGCCGCCUCUUCGACUUCCUCCUCCAAUUCGAGGCUACAACAAAGAGCAAACUGGCUGCUUUGAAUGAGAAGCUUGACAUCUUAGAGCAUAGGUUAGAGGUGCUUGAAGUCGAAGUUAGCAGUGCAACAACUAAUCCUUCCGUUUUCACUUAAAAUUUGUCCUUUUUGUUAGACCUCUGGAAAAUAAAAGUGAUUUUGUCAGCUGUACCUUUCAUCUUUCAGUAUAGAGUUGCAGAUUAUCAGGUGAUCUCUACUCAGCGUUGAUGAUGAAAUUUGUUGACUUGUAUACUAUUACAUCCGAGAAUCCACUAGAAAAUUAGUCUCAGCAUGAUUUCAGGCGCUUACAUUUUGAGCUUUUGAAUCUAUCUGAAAGGAUGAUUUCAUUUUGUUUUUCAAGGAUUGCGUUUGAUGAAUAAGUUUUCACAAUAGCAGUAAUCUAAACUUCUACAGUUUGCAUAUGUUUCUAUAGAUUACAUUGUUGGAUACAGGUUCAGGGAUUGAAGGUCCUACAAGUAGUUGGAGUUGUAU